AUGAUGUCCAGGAGCCAGUCAAGUUUGGGCGGCUUCUUAGAUGCAGGUCAAGAACCGACUGCCACAGGCGGUGUUUCUCCGUCGUUCAACCAACAACCCUCGUCCGGACCGAUCAACCUAUCCGGGUUAGUGUGCAAUGUGCGCCGAACAACCGGCAAGGAGCCUCACCCCCUGGUCGGGGCUACCACCACAAUUUUGGGCGACAAACUAUACGUUUUUGGAGGCCGGAUCCUCUCGCGCAGUCGUCCCAAGUUGACCGCAGACCUAUACGAACUGGAUUUGAUCCGGCGGCACUGGAGCAAAGUCGAAGCGACAGGAGACAUCCCUCCCCCGCGCUACUUCCACAGUGUAUGUGCUCUAGGAGAUAACAAGUUAGUUGCAUAUGGUGGUAUGUCGCCAGCUCCCAGUGCUCCCAAGGAUGCUUCAAACCCCGGCACGUCUGGUGCGGAGACACAGUCGGAGGUAGUUGUUAUGUCAGAUAUCCACAUUUUCGAUGUCCCAUCGCGAACAUGGACACGAGUUGCGUCGCACGAGUCACCGCAAGGACGAUACGCACACUGCGCCACUAUCCUGCCUUCAAGCGCCAGUUUCACUUCGGCUCGUGCACCGCUGUCAGCUCUCCACCACAACCCCGAAUCCUCUACACCCCACCAAGGUUCGAUCGGGGUGGAUAUUGAUGGUUUUGGUGGCGCUGAAAUGGUAGUUGUUGGUGGUCAAGACAGCUCAAACCAUUACAUUGAGCAAACUAGUGUUUUCAAUCUUCGCAGUCUCAAAUGGACUAAUACCAGUCCUCUCGGUCGCAGCUGCGGUGCAUACCGUAGUGUCGUCGCGCCCCUGGUGGGUAUGGACGUCUCCGAAAUUGGGUCUGCUUCCCCUGAUCGAGAUAAUCAUGAGCCGAUUGAGGAAUCAGAAUCACCAGGAUGCCCCAUGCUGAUUUAUUCCAAUUACAACUUCCUCGAUGUUAAGUUGGAGCUGCAAGUGCGCUUGCCGGACGGGCGCCUUGUUGAACGACCGAUGCAGAGUCAAGCAUCCCCACCAGGGCUGCGCUUCCCCAAUGGUGGUAUUAUCAACGGUCAUUUCGUCGUCAGUGGUACUUACCUGACUUCCUCAAAACAAGAAUACGCUCUGUGGGCUCUUGACUUGAAGACUCUGACCUGGGGACGUAUUGACGCUGGUGGAUCGGUAUUUGGUCAUGGCAGCUGGAAUCGUGGUAUUCUUUGGCCACGCCGCAGCUCGUUUGUGAUUCUUGGACACCGCAAGCGUAGCUUGGUCGAUGAUUACAAUCAUCGCCGAAUCAAUUUCUCUCAUAUCUGUCUGGUUGAGCUCGAAGCAUUUGGUCUGUACAACAACCCCUCUCGCACGUCUUCGACAUCGGGAUACAAAUCAUACAGCUCACCUUCGGUGCCAGCUUCUUUGCAGCAGAAGCUGUCGCAACUGACAACUGGUGGACGACCGCUAUCAGCCGCAGCCGAUGAGCUAGGGAAGCUGGCGCUUUCACUGCACGAGAUGUCCGACAUGGAGCUGCAAGCUGUCGGAGGGGAGCGCAUUCCCGUGAACUCCCGUCUUUUGUCUAGACGGUGGGGACCUUAUUUCAUCCAGCUUCUGCGUGAAUCGUCCGAAGGAGGAAUCGCAGAUGGUGGGACUCUUCGCCCUGCCCAAAUCCACCCAAGUCGCAACUCCAGUAUUACCAUCACUCCAUCUAUUGGCCAAAAUAGUCUUUACUCCAAUGCAACAACCCUGGUCAACCCUUCCGCCCCGUCCAAAGCACUCCUUGAAAACCUGGAAGCCCCCUCUGCUCAUGGCCUCGCCCCGACUGCCCGACCCCGUGUGCUUUAUCUCCCUCACACCGUCCUUACGCUCCAGGUACUCGUUCAGUAUCUUUAUACCUCCGCUCUUCCCCCUCCCGGCUCUUCCUUGUGCACACCACAGAUCCUCUGCUCUCUUCUUCAACUUGCUCGGCCUUAUCAGGUAAAUGGUCUUCUUGAAGCCACUGUCGAGCGGUUGCACCAAGUCCUUGAUGGCCGCAAUGCUGCGGCGGUAUUCAACGCAGCAGCAAUGGCAGCAGGUGGCGGCCGAGGUACCGGCUUCACCGGCGGCCUAGGCGGUACGCUGGAAGCCCUGAAUGGCUCGCAGUUCGGGAAUGGCUCCAUGCACAAUGUUUCGGAGGGCACAAAUUCCCAUGACAGUGGUUUAAUGACGUCCGACUCCUCUGACACAGAGCAUGGCGCCAUGCCUCCCUCCGCCGCCAGCAGCACGGGUGAUCUUACCAACUACACGCGUGGCAUCCCAUCUCUCCGCAUUGACACCAAUCUACGUGGCCGGCAGCACCACAGCGCUCGCCGUGAACGCGAAGAUUCUAUAAGCACCGCAAGCACUGCCACCUCAGCUUCUAGCUUCAGCCACUCCGACUCAGAGUUCGUUAGCGAUACUGAAAGCCGCUCACAAUCUCGCGCUCACCAGCGCCGUGGCACGGAUGCCAGCCGCCCAUCCCGCGAGAUUUGGACCGGUGAUUUAUCCAGCGUUAUUGGUCUGCAGAAACGUGGGUUGCGUGGCUUAAUGGAGGGUCGCCGCAUGCGCGAGCGAAGUGUGAAGCCUCCCAGCGUGAGUAGUGGCUCGACUUCUGUGCCUCAAUCAGCAGGCUCAGGAGAACACCACUUCCACAUGCAGGGUGUGGCUGGCUAA